CCGGUGCUCGAGUCCCGGGCAGCGCACCGAGCCGAGGCCCGGCAGCAUGGAGGAUGUGUACGGCUUCACCCGCAGCCCUGCCUGGGAGGAACUGGAGCCGGAGAAAGGGCCGGUGUCCGCGGCGGGGGUCCAGGCCCAGGUGGUGGGCGUGGCCUCCGGCUCCGGACCCGAGUCCUCGGACAGCGAGGCGGAGCAGGAGGGUCCGGUGAAGCUGAUCCGGAAGGUGUCCACGUCCGGGCAGAUCCGGAGCAAGACGAGUAUAAAGGAAGGACUCCUGCUGAAACAGACCAGCUCGUUCCAGAGGUGGAAGAAACGCUACUUCAAGCUCAGAGGCCGAACCCUCUACUACGCCAAAGACGCCAAGUCUGGCAGUGCCGUGGCGCGCUGGCAGGAGCGGGCGCUGCGCCGGGUCUCCAGGAGCCGCGUGUGCUGGCGUGUUCUGUCCGUGUGCUGGACGGGCGCACGCCGCUCGCCCCCCCCUCUGGGUCCCAGCGGGUCGGAGGAAGGCCUCGUGAGAAUCCGGUCCCUUAUCUUUGACGAGGUGGACCUAUCGGACGCCAGCGUUGCAGAGUCCAGCACAAAGAAUGUCAACAACAGCUUCACAGUGAUCACUCCGUUCCGCCGGCUCAUCCUCUGCGCUGAGAACAGGAAAGAGAUGGAGGACUGGAUCAGCUCGCUGAAGUCCGUCCAGUCCAGAGAGCACUACGAGACGGCACAGUUUAAUGUGGAACAUUUCUCAGGGAUGCACAACUGGUACGCCUGCUCCCACGCACGGCCCACCUUCUGCAACGUGUGUAAGGACAGCCUGUCCGGGGUCACGUCCCACGGCCUCUCCUGCGAAGUUUGCAAAUUCAAGGCCCACAAGCGCUGUGCGGUCAGAGCCACUAACAACUGCAAAUGGACGACUCUGGCGUCCAUCGGGAAGGACAUCAUCGAGGACGAGGACGGGAUUGCGAUGCCUCACCAGUGGCUGGAAGGGAACCUGCCAGUCAGUGCCAAGUGUGCCGUGUGUGAUAAGACGUGUGGCAGCGUGCUGCGGCUGCAGGACUGGCGCUGCCUCUGGUGCAAAGCCAUGGUGCACACGGCCUGUAUGGACCUGUACCCUCGAAAGUGUCCUCUGGGUCAGUGCAAGGUCUCCAUCAUCCCCCCCACAGCGCUCAACAGCAUCGACUCAGACGGCUUCUGGAAGGCCACCUGUCCUCCCUCCUGUGCCAGUCCUCUCCUGGUGUUCGUCAACUCUAAGAGCGGAGACAACCAGGGAGUGAAGUUCCUCCGGCGCUUCAAGCAGCUCCUCAACCCGGCCCAGGUGUUCGACCUGGUCAACGGGGGGCCGCACCUCGGGCUGAGACUGUUUCAAAAGUUUGACAACUUCCGGAUCCUGGUGUGUGGGGGGGACGGCAGCGUGGGCUGGGUCCUGUCCGAGAUCGACAAACUCAAUCUACACAAACAGUGCCAGCUGGGGGUGCUGCCUCUGGGCACGGGUAACGACCUGGCCCGGGUGCUGGGCUGGGGUCCGUCCUGCGACGACGACACCCAGCUGCCUCAGAUCCUGGAGAAGCUGGAGAGGGCCAGCACCAAGAUGCUGGACCGCUGGAGCUGCAUGACCUACGAGAUCAAGAUCCCGCCCAAGCACAGCUGCCCCACCACGCCCGAGGGCGCCGACGACUGCCAGUUUCAUAUUUCUGCCUAUGAAGACUCAGUAGCCGCCCACCUCACAAAGAUCCUGAACUCCGAGCAGCACUCUGUGGUCAUCUCCGCCGCCAAGAUCCUGUGUGAAACGGUGAAGGAUUUUGUUGCCAAAGUGGGAAAAGCUUAUGAGAAGAGCACAGAAAACACAGAUGAGUGCGACACCAUGUCUCUGAAAUGUGCCAUCCUGAACGAGAAGAUGGACUCGCUCCUCCACGCCCUGAACUCCGAGAGCCAGGCUCUGCCCCCGCUGCCCCACUCCACUCCUCCGAUAGUGGAGGAGGAGCAGGAGGAGGAGGAGGAGGAGGACGAGGAGGAGGAGGAGGCCAGCGAGGAGAGCCUGACGGAGCUGAAGGAGAAGCUGGAGGAAGAGGAGACGGAGAAGGGAGGAAGAGGAGGCAGCUCCCAACACCAGCUGUUCAAGAGCCGGGAGCAGCUGAUGCUCCGGGCCAACAGCCUGAAGAAAGCUGUGAGGCAGAUCAUCGAGCAGGCGGAGAGAGUGGUGGACGAGCAGAACGUCCACACGGACGACACCGAGCCGCCGUCCUCACUGGAGUUCAGGAAAGACAGCGAGGACGACAACAGGGACAGCGAGAAGGACGAAGACACCAAGGAGCUGGAGUCGCUGCCAUCUGCAAAGAGUCCCUGCUCCCCGUUGGAGAGGAGGGUGAGUCGCAGCACUCAGUCCUACAGCUCCUUCACCAUCACGCCGUUCACCACCAGCAAGGAGAACCUCCCGGUGCUCAACACACGCAUCAUCUGCCCUGGUACGUGUGCAGGCUUGCGGGCAGGUCUUGCUGCCUCCAUCGCCGGCAGCUCCAUCAUCAGUAAGAUGCUGCUGGCGAACAUCGACCCGUUCGGCGCCACGCCCUUCAUCGACCCCGACCUGGAUUCGCUGGAGGGCUACAUGGAGAAGUGUGUGAUGAACAACUACUUUGGAAUCGGCCUGGAUGCGAAGAUCUCGCUGGAGUUCAACAACAAGCGAGAGGAGCAUCCGGAGAAAUGCAGGAGUCGGACCAAGAACAUGAUGUGGUACGGAGUGCUGGGCACCAAGGAGCUUCUGCAGAGAACCUACAAGAACCUGGAGCAGAAGGUGCAGCUGGAGUGUGACGGACAGUACAUCCCGCUGCCCAGCCUCCAGGGCAUCGCCGUGCUGAACAUUCCCAGCUACGCAGGCGGGACCAACUUCUGGGGCGGCACCAAGGAGGAUGACAUCUUCUGUGCUCCGUCGUUCGAUGAUAAGAUCCUGGAGGUUGUGGCCGUGUUCGGGAGCAUGCAGAUGGCCGUUUCCCGAGUCAUCAAACUGCAGCACCACCGCAUCGCACAGUGUCGGACGGUGAAGAUCACGAUCCUGGGCGAUGAGGGAGUUCCCAUCCAGGUGGACGGAGAGGCCUGGAUCCAGCCGCCCGGCGUCAUCAAGAUCCAACACAAGAACCGGGCUCAGAUGCUCACCAGAGACCGGGCGUUUGAGAACACGCUGAAGUCGUGGGAGGACAAGCUGAAGUACGACAAGCCUCCUCUGCGGCCUCACCUCUACCCGCAGCAGUCUGUGGACCUGGCCACGGAGGAGGAGGCCGCCAUGGUGCAGAUGUGCGCCCGGGCUGCAGAGGAGCUGAUCACCAGGAUCUGUGAGGCUGCAAAGACCAACGGGCUGUUAGAGCAGGAGCUGGCUCAUGCUGUGAACGCUGCGUCACACGCCAUCAACAAGACACACCCCAAGUUCCCAGAGAGUCUGGCGAGGAUCACAGCCAUCGAGGUGGCGAGCACCGUCAAGGCUCUGUACAACGAGACCGAGUCUCUGCUGCUGGGCCGAGUCUCUCUGCAACUGGACCAGCCGGAGGAGGACCUGCUGUCCGGAGCUCUGCAGAGCGCCGAGCUGGAAAUGGCCAAACUGGGCGAGAUCCCGUGGCUCUACAACAUCCUGCAGCCCAACGACGAGGAGGACCACUCGCUGGGUUACGGCAAGAGGAACAAUCGCAGCAGCAUGUUUCGCAUUGUCCCCAAGUUCAAGAAGGAGAAGGCCGCCAAGAAGACGAGUCCUCAGUCAGUGGAACGCUGGGGUCCGGAGGAGGUGGGGGUCUGGCUGGAGCAGCUGAGCCUGGGCGAGUACCGAGACACCUUCAUCCGCCACGACAUCCGCGGCUCGGAGCUGCUGCACCUGGAGCGCCGGGACCUGAAGGAUCUGGGGAUAUCGAAAGUGGGUCAUAUGAAGAGAAUUCUCCAGGGAACUAAAGACCUGGCCAAGGCCUCCAUGGUUGACCUCUAACCCAGGAGCUGGAGCGACUGGUGGGGGGGGGGACGAGAGACUAACUCUCCCCUUUUGUCCGUGGAAGAGUUCUGCAGCGUCGUGAAGAAGAG